AUGAGGAGCGACUCGGGCGCGACUCCGAGGGGCAUCCUCGGAUUUUGGAAGGACGAUCAGCGCAGAGCUCAGAUGAGACUCGACGCCGCCGUGCCGGUGCUGCCGCUCGCCGGCGUCGUGCCCUUUCCGCAGAGCCCGCACCCGUAUCUCGUUUCUGCUCCGGUCGGCGGCGCGUGCGGCAGGGCCGCCGCCUUUUACCAGCCCGCCUUCAGCCCAAUGGCGGACGUUGGUGUCAUCGCCGAGGUCUUGCCGUGCGGCGAGGGCGGCCUGCUCGAGUGCACCCCGCUCGACCGGGUGCGGCGGAUGUCCGAUGGCGCGCUCGACGUCGUCGCGGACACGCCGCUCGACGAGGCGGCGGCAGAGGAGGCGGCGCGCCUCCACGGAGAGCUGUGGACGCUGCUCGCCACGCUCCGGGGCGCGGACGCCGCGGAUGGACCCCUCACAUCCCUGAGGCCUGGCGCCGCUUCGCCAUCACACGCCUCUCUUGCGCUGGCUUCUUGUUGCGAGCUGGGCACGGCGGAGCAGCAGCGGCUGCUUGAGACGGUCGACACGGUCGAGAGGCUACGGUCGCUCGAGGUGGCACUCCGCGAGGCGGCCGGUGUCGUUGCGGCGCGGGCAGCUCUCGCGAGCUUGAAUUUCUCGUAG